UUGAUGCACAACAAUAACAACGGUUGUCCAUGUCGACACGUGAGCCAGGCAAUUUAAAGUUGGUUGAUAUUGCGCUAGCUGGUAAGAAAACGGACUCUAUUAACAAUAAUUUCGCUGCUAGCUACCCAUUUUCAACCUUUCAACGUUGCUGUAAUCAAAACAGGAACAAUUCCGGAAGACACAAUGUGACGUCCAGCUUCGUUUUCCGGUUUCUGGCUCCUCCAAUCAGCUCUCUCCAAACCGUCUCGCGGUCCUCGUUUGAAACGCAGAUGAACAGUGUUGCUGUUACAACGAUAUAACGUGAGCUGCUGUAAGGAAUACAACCUGGACAGAGACACGGGGGGACUGUAAUCGGCAUCCAGUUUUAAUUUCCACAAUGGCAGAAGGAGGAGAUGUGGAAUGGGAGCUAAGCAAAGAAAACAUUCAGCCACUGCGGCGGGGCAGAGACGUAUCAGCCUUACAUCAGGCGCUCAGUCAACAACAGGAUGGACUGAGCUUGCCCAUCAACCAGCAGAGACAGGCCUUUGAGUCUGAACUGCGAAUGUAUGAUGGAGAUGAUCCACUUGAUGUUUGGGAUCGGUAUAUUAAAUGGACAGAGCAAACCUUCCCGCAAGGAGGAAAGGAGAGCAACCUCGCCACACUAUUGGAACGGGCUGUGACCAGAUUCAGUGAGGAAACAGAAUAUCACGAAGAUCCUCGCUAUGUUGAACUCUGGAUCAAAUUUGCAGAUAACUGCCCGGGGCCCUUGGACAUAUACAGGUACAUGCAGGCUCAGGGAAUAGGAGUGACACAGGCAUCCCUCUAUAUCGCUUGGUCUGAAGAAUAUGAGAAUCAGGGCAAUUGUCGCAAAGCAGACCUGGUCUACCAAGAAGGAUUCAAGAAGUGUGCGGAGCCGCAUGAUAAGCUCCUGCAGUUUCAUAAGGCUUUGCAGGCACGUGUGUCCCGCCAGAUCAUGAUGAAUGUGGAGGAGGACAAUAGUGAUGAUGAGCCUAAACAACCUGAGAGAGUUUCCCUUGCCGACCUCAAACGCAGAGGAAAGAAAAAGGCCAUCGCCCCCAUAAACAGAGUGGGGUCUUCAAUCAGAAGUAUUUCUGGAGGCAUGCAGUCACAUGGUGGCCCUGUCCUCGGCAAUGCUUCAAACAGUCGGUUGGUGGUCUUUGACGAGAACACGGCUCAAAGUGCUGGUCCUUCAGAGCCCAAGUUAGAGUCUUGGGCGGCCCCUCCCACUUCCAGGGCAAAGGAGAAUGAGCAGAAGCCGGAAAAAUGGUCUGAAGUCAAGAUCCCCCAGAAAUCCAAAUUCGGACAUACUGUUAUGGCCCCACCGCCUCCCAAACCUGCAUUUCAACCAUUUGUUGAGGAGUCAGACCAGCCUCCAACAAUGACUCCUUGUAAGAUACACCCGGCAGUGAACACAGUUUUAUCAGCGCGUAAACCCUGCAAAGAAGAAACUCCUCUAAAGAGACUACAGGAGCACCAUCAGCAACAGAAGGAUGCAGAAUCGGGAAAACUGCAGGAGCAGAGCAUGUACUGUAAAGAGCUGCUGCUCAGCGGCGCCACUGAAUUCUGCUUUGAGGAACUGCGUGCUGAACGCUUCUUCAAAAAAGUGACCCAGGACGUCAGCGGUCAAACGGAUCCAGCGAGUUCCAAUGCUUCAAACUGAUGUAUCUACAAACACUGACAUUUGUUUUGCUUUUUUUCCUUCUUCUUUUCUUUAUGGGAUUUUUCCUUUCGACAAGAUAUUAUCUGCAAGUAUCAUGUAGUUGAUGCAAUGUAUUGUUUAUCCAGCUGUUGUAUUGUCAUAUUUCUGCUCCUUGUAAAUACUAAACAGACAUCAUUUCCUGCUUACUCCAUUUGGCAGUUUUUCCUAAUUGCUUUGUUCUCAAGAACAGUGUUUUGCCUAUUUAAGUUUAAGUCUUUUUCAGUAUUUCUUGAGCAGAUGUUUCACAACUAUUUGAACACAGUCAAAAGACGGCUUCCGUGAGGUGAUUGAUCUGGGUUUAAUGUCUCAGUCUGAGUGAAAUGUCCCUUCUAGGCCGAGUAUUGUCGGUGUUCAAUAAACUUGUUAAAAUGUCUGG